UGAUCGGUGACAUGAAACGACAUGUUGAAACGCGUACCGAGAAAGAGGCAGUCCUUUUUGGGAACGCAAAAGGGAAAGUAGGACUACACAAAGGCUUAUAAUUAGUGCGAAGUGAGUGUAGAAGAGAAGUUACCAGUCCGCCGAGCAGCAGCGAGCAAGUGAUCACAGUGAGGCAUGUCUUACAUUCCACCCCACAAGCGGCACACUAAGGGUUCCCCGUCGCCGAAACCAACUCCGGCACCUGAAUCCCUCAUACCUUCCUUCAGAAAAAACCUGAACUUUAGGGAGCAGAAGGGAAAGGAAAAGUAUUUGGGCGGUAUCCUUUAUGCUCGUGAUGCUGUUAGGAAAUGGUUCCCAGUUGGCUUGACUCAUCAUUCUCAGUUGACAUCUCUUGUUAAGCUGGAACCUGUUUCAGUUGAGCGAAAAUCAGGCGAAACCCCUCUUUCGCUGGUCCUACUGCAAGGUUGCAGCGAAGGAACAAAUGAGCUUAUGGAUGAGCCAUGGCUCUUUGUGGCUAAAAGUGUGAUGGAGGAUUUACUUUUGUCAUUUCAACAUGUGAAGUGUGAAAUGGAGGAAUCUAAUAUGGAAGAAUUAAAGCCGACUCUAGUUGCUCGUUUUGGAAGAAUUCUCUUUUAUGGCAAUUCUGCAAAUAGUCAAGAAUCCUUGAAAAGUAACCCAUUGGGUGAAACCACAUUGAGGCAAAUGAAAAAAUCUUUCUAUACAAAUGUUCCUCUGUCAUAUAUGGAAUAUAUAAGAAACGUUGCAGUUGAGAAACUUGACUUAAAUUAUGUGGAAGAGAAGGAAUUAUACUACGUCGAGCUUUCAGAUAACUUGCGCUCUGAUUCAACUGUCUCCUGCAAAUGUGUGGUGGCCAAGGAUCAGAAAAAAAUUCAGGUCUAUAAGAUUGAGGUAAACCAUGUACGCAACAUGGUUGCAGAUAUGAGCUGUCUGGGCAAAAGUUUAGACCUAAGGUUGAUGUUACAGACCAAGAAAAUCAUGACAGCUUUAUCUGAUGAGGAGAUCAACGGACUUAGAAAUCUUAUCGGCUCUGCCGUUUUGGACUCAGAAGUUAAGGGUGGGUUGAGAUGGCCCUUUGGCGAGGAUUCAUCAGGGAAUCGAUAUGCUGUUAUCAGUGUCUGGCAUACAACUGCAAAGUCAUAUGGAAAUUCGUCAAUUAGGUUUAAGCUUCGACAUGCAGAUCGAUUUGAUUUCCGGUCUUCAAUUGGUGAGGUUUCCCAGGAGGCUAGCCUGAAAAUGCCUGGGAUUGUAUCCGAAUUGCGGCGGAAAUGCAGAAGCAAACGAUUGAUGAGAACCUGGUGCUUAAAAUGCUUGAAGAAAACUUGAAGUUAAUCUGGGAUCAUUGUUUGUCUGAUGGUUCUUCAAGCUGACCAAGUUUCGUGGCCCUUCACUUUCUUUUUGCAAAAUAUCUGCAGAAACUGCUAGAUUCACAAGUUAUGUUUGGUUUACCUUUUGAAUUUUGUGGUGGCCGGGGAAUGUAUAGAUGUAUAUUGCUGAAUUGUUAAACCCAAAACCCUGAAUUGUUUUCUGCACUGUUUAGUUUGUGUAUGGAUUGUAAUGAACCAAGGCCUCUGAUGUUAGUGGCAUCAGUAAGGAACACCAACUGCAACCUAUAGAAA